AUGAGUGACGAUGUCAUCUGCCAAAGACCACGAUCCAAGUCAGGGUCUCGCGAGUCGCUCCACCAGCAGAUUUACCAAAGCUUGCAGCAGCAACAGCAGCACAAGUCAUACGAUGACCUCUAUCAGGACCUGACGCUGGCCUCGCGAAUCGGGCAGUCACUCUUGUCUCAGAACCACCAGCUUCAGCUCCAGCUCGAGUCCUCCACGGGUGCCCUGCAGAGCGUCAACGGAAUGGUCAAGGAUCUGGAGACGGCCCUGGAUCUGUCGAUCUCACGGUGCAACGAGCUGGAGCAGGACAGAGCGGCUCUGACUGCAGAGCUCGACGAAUGCAGAUCCCGAAUCCUGGAUCUGGAGCGUGCUUUGAAAAACAGCAGUCGAGUGCUGCAGGACGCAGAAAAUCUCGAGAACCACAUUGCCGAUCUCACAAACUCAAACGACCAGCUAUCGAGCACCUUGAUGCUGGCGAACCAGCAGGUGAAUGAAUCCUGUGACCAGCAAAACCACCUGCUGCAGCUGGUGGAGUCGCUGAAUGACGAGAUCAAUGGACUGGUAGAGUCCAGAGCCGAGCUGAAGCGACACAUGGAUACCAAGAUCAAAGAGUGGAUGGAGAGAUACAACGCCGCAGAGGUCGAAAACGAGAAACUCAGGAGCGUGAUCAAAAAGAAAGGCGAGCGUCGGGCACGAUCGCUGCGAGAGGCGAAAACGCUGUCGAAAACAAGCGUUCUCUCAUCUCAGGACUCGAUGCUGAGUCUUGAGACCUACGAUCUCUCGCUCGUUGAGGCGCUGCGCAAGCAAGUGGCCGAGCUCAAGACCGAGCAGAAGGAACUCGGCGGUCUCAUCGAAAUACUCCGCGAUGAGAAGAGCGCACUGGAGCAACAGGUCGGCGAAUAUGAGGCCCAGUUUGGCACACUGGAGGCAGAAAUAGACGCUACCCACCGUCCCAGCAUCAAGUUUGAGAACCUUGGAGCUGCCUUGGCGAUACGAAGCUCUGCCAUUGAUUCAAGCGGAGGCUUGGCAGCGCCUCUGAAUCAGAUGCUUGAGAGCCAAGAGCGAAGAUCCAGCAGCUCCAGUGCAGCGUCGGCAAAGCCUGUGGCCGAGGAGUGGGUCGAAGCCGUCGACACGGUCUUGGGUAUCCUUUCAACGCUGUUUCAGAGCGAGCAGCGGCUCUCGGAAAUCCGCAAGGACGAAACGAUGCGGUAUCUAGCACUGGAGCUACAGAGUCGUCUUGGGCCGGGCAAGAAGGAGCAGCUGGAGCUCAAGUCUCUGGAGAAUCUACGGCAGGCUCGACGAGCCAGUCGCUCCCGCUUUGACAAGAAUUCGAAUCCCGAGGGGCGCUCGACCGCAAGAAGCCGAUGCGGGAGCCAAACGGCAACAACGGCAGCCGCGCUGACAAGCAAGCAAGUAGCAAUAGCAGCCUCGAACGUAGACCCGGUCCGGCCGCACCGACCAGCCUUCCAGAGCACCCAGAUAUCAAUUCCUGCAAAGGUGGACAUAUUGACAACGGUAGACCUCGACCUGCUGCAGUACAUGUGGAGUCACCUGUCGCUGCAGAAGCUCGGAAUGCGGACGGCGUAAUGCCUAUGGCAGAGCCAACGCCCAAGCAGCAUCGCCAACGGCAACCAGGCAUCAGAAAGUACCGGCAGCGUUCUAUCGACUGCGACUGGAAUCACCGGUUUCCUCACACAGCCCAUCCGAAACACCCGAUACUUUGCCCAGAGAUUUCUGAUGUGCACUUGGACAUGCCAGACAGCAUUCUUGCAGCGAAAAAUGGCGCUGCGCUGGAGGACUGCAGCGAGCGAGAGCCUUUCAUGGCAUAUGCCAAGCCGGGUCUAUACCUUGAUAUGCCCAAAUUUCCAGUCUCAUGGGACCAAGCUGCUCUCUGCCGGUCCGGAACUGGAUGCACAGCUGCUUG